UUGUCAUCGCUACCACCUACACCAGAGAAAGGUUUUUCGUUGUUGCUUUGUGUGAUUUUCCAUUCGAUUCUCUGUUCUUCGUUCUGCGUCUGCGUCCCGUUCGCGUGGAUAAAAAAAGAAUAAAACGAACCUUUUUUUACCCAGUGUAUAUUCGUGCUCAAUCGUCAAUUCGAAAAAUGUCUCGUAGUGCGUACCUGCUGUGUGUGCUCUUUUUAGCCUGCAGUUGCUUGAUUUACAGCGCAAGCGGAGCGCGGAAUUACCGGAGGGGUUACAAGACCACAGAGCCGCCCACAACGACCCCACCGCCGCAGACGCCGAAGGAGUUCCUGGACAGUAGGCCGGGUAUUUCCACAUUCGGAAUCAUUGCCAUCAUCUUUACCGUGAUAGUCCUCUGCCUGAUCUUCUACUACGGCAUCAUUUGCUAUCCAUUGUUGUGUCGCGACGAGAAAAAGUACCGGUUUAUGGACGUCUCGUCGACGAUCACGGCGGCCACCUCGCGCUCCAUUCAGUCCAUAGAAAACUAUCCCGAUCAGAAGCAUCAUCACCAACUGGCCUGAUUUCGGAUAACGUGAUGAGUGGGAGAGGUGGUUUAGUUCUAUAUACAUAUAUAUCUCUGUUUAGUAACUCGAAAAAGACUUCAACGCCGGCCAGAAACAAAAACACGCAUCAGUAUGCAUACAAUUUUCCAGCCUUUAAUGAAACUUAUAAAAGAAUAGGCCAAUUGAAUGUUUAAGUGCAAUAUUGGAAAAGAUUUUAAAUAAUUUUUGGUUAGUAAUUUUGGUGAAUUUCAUCUUUUAAACUCGCAAAAUGUUUGAAUGUAUUGACUGAACAUCUAAAAAUAUUUAGGAAAUACCUUGUUCUUAAUUUAAAAUUGCACUUGAACAUCCCUUGGCUUUGUUUGUCAGUUGCAUUCUAGGGCUUUAGUAUUAAACAUAGAAAUAACCAGUUGAGAGGUUCGCUGGAAAGGGAAUUAAUCAUUCAUAAUUGUAAAUUGGGUUUCCCAUACGCAUACCCGACCGUUUCUUUAUCUGUUGAUUCUCUUAAUCCCAAGGCUCAACAAGUUUUUUGGCCUGUCCUCCAUCCCUUUUACCUUAUUUCUUUGGCCUUUUCGCCGUGGCCAGCAACAGUUUUUAUAUCUUUUUGUGCAGGUAGUUUCAGCCGUUUACACAUCGCUUUGUGUCCCUCGCCCUUUUUUUUUUCAUUUUAUUUUGGACAAAGCCAAAGUGUGGCAAUUGAGUCACGUCGCCUGGUUUUUGUGUUUUCUUGAAAAAAAAAAAAAUCUCAUGGAAUUUGGCAAAGAAACCAAGAUCCAGCCUUUUUUAUACAGCCCAAUUUGCAUACAAAAUCAAAUCCGAACUCUUUGUGAUGAUGCCUCGAAUUUUUCCCAUCCAAACACACACAGGUUGUACUUAAAUCGAAACCAAGUACUUAAUAUAUAUAGAUAUAUAAAUGCCAAUCUAUAGUCUAAGCGCCAAUCUGCCACUACGAAUAUAUUUUAUAUAAAGACGCUUUUAAGCAAUCUGCAACUUUGUGCAUUUAGUUAAGUAUAUGAUGGUAUCUUUUGGAUACAAAAUGUGUCAAAUUACGUUUUUAGACGUAAACCUAGACUAAGGCAUAUAUAAUUUUAUAUACACAAAUCUCUUUUUGGACUUUUUUAAAUAAAUUUUGAACGUUAGUUCGGACGAAGAUA